CAUUAGGAAUCUUUGUUAUGUUUUCUGUUAAUAUUUUUUAUGAAUGUCUGAUGGUAGUGGUUGUGAAACUACUCUGUUUCAGUUCUGAGUUCUUCAUCCCCUAUACACUACAGAGGAAAUGGCGACUCAAAUGAGCAAAAAACGAAAGUUCGUAGCUGAUGGCGUGUUCUUUGCUGAGCUGAACGAGGUCCUUACCAGGGAACUCGCGGAGGACGGUUACUCCGGUGUCGAAGUUAGGGUUACGCCUAUGCGUACAGAGAUCAUCAUCAGGGCCACCCGUACCCAAAACGUACUUGGUGAGAAAGGAAGGCGAAUAAGGGAGCUAACAUCUCUUGUUCAGAAGCGGUUUAAGUUCCCUGAAAACAGUGUGGAGCUUUAUGCCGAAAGAGUGAACAACAGAGGGCUCUGUGCCAUUGCCCAGGCUGAAUCUUUGCGUUACAAGCUUCUUGGAGGGCUUGCAGUUCGCAGGGCUUGCUAUGGUGUUCUAAGAUUUGUUAUGGAGAAUGGAGCUAAAGGGUGUGAGGUGAUUGUUAGCGGAAAGCUUAGGGCUCAGCGUGCAAAAUCAAUGAAGUUCAAGGAUGGAUACAUGGUUUCCUCUGGUCAACCGGUUAAGGAGUAUAUCGACUCUGCUGUGAGGCACGUGCUUCUUAGACAGGGUGUUCUUGGAAUCAAGGUUAAGAUCAUGCUCGACUGGGAUCCUACAGGCAAGCUCGGCCCCAAGACACCAUUACCUGAUAACGUGAUUAUUCACAUGCCCAAGGACGACGUUGUUGCACUUCCGCCCAAAGAGGUGGAGGAAUAUAGGCCACCACUUGUGGUUGCUGACGAGCCUUUGCCUAUGCCCAUUCCGGUAGUCUAAAAGCUCAGAUUAGAAAUUCAUGUAAUUCCAAGAGUUGGUAAGUUAUGGAGGAUAAAUUUUUGAUUUGAUUGUGGACUGAGAAGCCUUUUCUUUUUGUAUUGCUGGUGGUCUGCUCAUUACUACAAUUACAGUCUUACAAUAUUUUUGGUUGGUUAAUGUAGGUUUAAUUUUUGUAUCAAUGUGAGAAACAUUGCUGUUGUGUC